GUCAGAGAACUGGGUAACUGACGCGAGGCGGCGAGUUCUGAGCCGGCGAAUUUGGAGCCUGGGAAACCCGAAGCCUGUCGUAAAACCGCGAUGCCUAUGACGGGAGACACGUGCAGUCUCACCGCCAUUCCACACUCCGUUUCCCUUUUGCUAUAGGCUUGUAGCGUGACGUCUCUGGCGUCUCGCUCUCUUGCGUUUUUGGCGUGACCACGCACCCGCUGCGUUCCGGAUGAUCGUGCGGCUGGGACCCCGCAUCCGCUCUCUUGCGUGUUUUGAGUCGACGCAAAACACGCUCUCUUGCGUUUCUGGCGUGACCACACAUCUGCUCCGUUCCGGAUGAUCGUACGGCUGGGACCCCUCAUCUGCUCUCUUGCAUGUCUGGCGUGACCCCCCUUUUCCGGCUAACAGUCGUGGCUGGGAUAAUACCGGAGAAGCAGAAAUAAGAUUCUCGAAACGCAGCAGAAUUCAUAAAUUUCAGAGAGAGAUAAGAUUCUCCAAAGAGCGUCCUCCCUCCUGUUCACCUGAGCCUGGCAACUCCGUGCGUGCAAAGGAGAGAGCCGUCAUGCGUCUGUGUCUCGUGAGUGGUAUCAACGGGCACAUUCCCCUCGGCGUUUCCGCGUUGCGCCCUAUUCACUCUCGUACUCAACUCCAUGCCGAUGCCUAUACCGCUUCCGCACAGCGCUGCUGCGCCGCCCUUCCCGGCAGGUCAAUGCGCUCCGCUAAGCGCUUCUCCUUUACAAGCUGGAGCGCCGUGCACCACCCUCUCAGCAACGGCGAUGUCGCCACCAAUAGCAUCCCUGGGAGCCCCAGUAACCGUACUAACCCUGGGAGCCCUAGGAGCCCUGGGAGCCCUGGGAGCCCUAGGAGCCCUGGGAGCCCUAGGAGCCCUGGGAGCCCUGGGAGCCCUGGGAGCCCUAGGAGCCCUGGGAGCCCUAGGAGCCCUGGGAGCCCUAGGAUUCCAUGGUACUGCAAGCCCAGGCAUGCAGUGACCGCGCCCGCGAGAGGAGUAAGAAUCACGAGGAGUGGGAAUCCCCUUGCUCGUUCUGAGGCGUUUCCAGGAGCGAGCGGCGUGCCCGGACUGGCCGCGUGCAGACAAGGUGCCGAAUGGAGCUGUCCUGGUGAAAUAGCGGGGCCGACAGUGCCGACGGGGCCGACGGGGCAGACGGGGGUUAUGGGGGCUAUGGGGACUUUGGAUGUGAUCCGGAUAGGGGUGAUGGCGCCGACAGGGGGGAUAAGGGCGAUGCGCUGUGCUGCAGCAGCUGCCGGUGCACUUUCAGGUGCCGAAAACGAUGAUGAUGAGGAGGAGGAAGGGGAGGAGAGAAGCUGUGGGAAUGGGAGUGAGAGCGAGGGGGGGCAGCAGGGGGAGGAGCAGGAGGAGCAGGGGCAGCAGGGGGCAGUGCUGAAGGAUAUCUGGGGCCUGGCCCUACCGGCCCUGGGUGCUGUGCUGUCAGACCCGCUAAUGACGCUGAUCGACACGGCGUGUGUGGGGCAGCUGGGGUCGCUGCACCUCGCCGCGCUUGCCCCCAACGUCUCUGUCUUCAACUUCAUCUUCCAGACCUUCACCUUCCUUGGAACGGCAACGUGUGCGCUGCUGGCCCGCCAUUCCACGCCCCAACCCACCUCCGCUGCACAGUCACAGCAGAACCUACUGGCCAGCAGGGCAGUGACAGCAGCAAUGCUCAUGGCAGCGGUUAUUGGAUCACUGUUGGCGCUCGCGCUCCUCCUCUCGGGCCCGUCCCUCCUUCGAGCCAUGGGCUGCCGCACUCCCUUCCUGCUCCCUGCCCUACAGUACCUCCGCAUCCGCGCCCUCUCAGCGCCCUUCGUGCUGGCCAUUCUGGUGGCCCAGGGCGCGUGUCUGGGGCAGCAGGACGCAGUGACCCCGCUGCUCAUAUUCGCUGCUGCGGCUGCUGUCAACGUGGCGGGGGACGUGCUGCUGGCACUCUACAUGGGGUGGGGCGUGAGAGGGGCAGCGUGGGCAACGCUGCUGGGUCAAGUGCUGGCAGCAUGCAUCUUCGUUGGGCGAUUGCGGCCGAGAGUUGAAGCCCAACAGCAGGGAAGGCAGUCAAGUAUGGCUGGUGGGAAUAGAAUAGUGGGAGAGGAUAGAAUGAGAGAGGGGUUGACAGUGGAAACAAGGGUUGUUGAGAGGGGGUUGAGAUUAGCAGAUAGGGAGGAAGGAAGAGGGGAGGAGUGGGAGGAUAAGGGGAGGGUUUCAGAGGAGAGAGAAAGGGGGCAUGAGAGGGGUUCCAUGAGAGGGAGCGAGGUGGGACAAGGGGGCGGAGUUGGAGGAGCGGAGUCAAGCACAGAGGGACCUGAGCAACUAGUGCAGGGAGGAGAGGAGGUGGGACGAGGAGGAAACGUUGAAAGAGAGGAGGCAGAGUCAAGCACAGAGCGGGACAGAGGCUGGUCAGAGGAGCGUAAUACUGGUGGGGUUUUGCGGCAAUGGCGGCCACGAUUGCAGCAGCAACAACAACAAGCGCAGAAGCCACAUCCGGAGCAGCAAGAGCAGCACCAGCACCACCAUCAUCACCAUCGGCACCAUCAGCUCGAGCAACCCAAGCAUCGCCUGGAGGUGUCUCUCCGGUGGUUCGGGUGGGACCUCCAGCCAGAAACUGCAGCGAUUGUGGCCAUGGCGGUGCCCCUCGUUACGAGAUCCGUGCUGGGCAUGGUGGUCUACACACUGCUGGCUCGAGGGGCAGCAACGGUGGGCGUGGUGGCUAUGGCGGCACACCAGGUGGCCAUGCAGGUGUUCUGGACCCUCAGCUAUUUCGCAGAGCCGCUGUCCCUGGCAGCGCAGUCGCUGGUGGGGCGAGACAUCAAGACCAGACCCGAGCGUGCAGCGCGCACGGCUCGUCAGCUGCUGCUGAUGGCAGCACUCACGGGUGCCUUCCUCGCGAUCCUCGUGCUCACGCUCUCCCUCUGCGCCGCCCACCUGCUCUCCUCGGAACCCGCUGUGCGCCGCGCGGUGAGGAGCGUGGCGUGGCACAGCGCUGCCUGCGAGUGCCUGGCUGCUGUCGCCAUGUCGCUAGAGGGGAUCGCCAUCGGGGCAGAUGACUUUGCCUACCUGCCGACCAUGCAGCUGCUCAAUCUCCUCAUGGUUGCCGCCUCGUUUGUUGCCUUACUGCGCAUCGGCCUCACGUUGACCUCCCUAUGGUGGCUCUUGGUGAUAUUCUUUGCCUUCCGCAUUGUGUACCACAUAAUGUACAUCAUGUCACGAGGCUCCCGCCAUGUGCUUCGGUAUGCAUAAGUCGAGGAAUCAAUGUAUAUUUUGUAAAUGUUUGGGUUGGUGGCUUCUGUUUGUUUUUAUCAUUCAAAGGGUUCACGUUUUGUGUGCAUUUGUUGAGUCCCAUAUCGCAAUUCUUCUUGUAGGCGUUGACAGGUGGGCACAAACGGGUUCAGCAGCUUCCUAAUCCUUUAGUGCUGGGAAGUCCCAAAAACCAAGAGAAAUGUGUGGGGGUACCGAGCAUGUUUCCUGAAAGCUGCUAAAAGGACCCGAACCACCACCCUACCCCAAGCUUGUCCCUCGCUCCGAAUCAGUAG